AUGGCGAAGCUACCUGUCAAGAUUUUCAUGAGCCCACCUCCGGGUGAGAUUGUGGCUCCCGGAGGAUUCCCAGCCGACCCACGCCCGAAAGGUGCGCCGCAGGUCUUCCUGGAUGCUAUGGAAGUGCGGAUAACGGUCUUCUGUGACGAACAAAAGUGUUCCUUGGAGGAAGAACUAGAUGUAGACGACCAGAGAUCAUGGCAUUGGGUUGCUUAUCUGCCGGACGAGUCUGGCAAUGACGUGCCUGUUUCCGUCAUCAGAAUUGUACCUUUUCCGCAUGGUCCCCACCCAAACGGCUACUCAGAUCCGGACGAGGAACCAUAUUUCAAGAUCGGCCGGGUUGCCACUUUGGCCAGUGCUAGGGGUAAAGGACUCAGUCGAGUGCUUACUGAGGAGGCAUUUUCUUGGUUAGCAGCACAUCAAGAUCAACUGCCAUCUGGUUGGAACGGGCUUGUGCUUUCUCAUGCCCAAGUCGCCGUCGAAAAGAUGUACGCAAAAUUGGGGUUCGUGACUGAUGUCAAGCUGGGGCGAUGGGAUGAGGAAGGAAUCGAGCAUCUUGGAAUGUGGAAACGUUUGAACCAGGGGAAGUGA